CUAAGGUAGGCUCCCUCCGCCCCAUGGGUGUGUCCAGGCAGCUGUCGUUUAUCCACCUGCAACACGUACGCCGCUUCCCCGCACUUCAGCGUCGGAAGCGCCUGUGUUUGAACCUCUUUUGUCGGAUAUCAACUCUUUAUUUCAUCUUCCCGGUGGACAAGUACACAACUGUUAACGACAAUUUGGAAAUAAGUACAACUUCAAUUGAUUUCAUCCCAGCUUUUGUUUGGCUCCGGGAUAACUGCGCGGGGAUCUGCGGAGGAACACAAGCCGCGCUCCUGACUGUGUGCGCGGGCACAGACGCUCCGAGGAAACCCCUUCUUCCUUGCAGCCUGGAUGCUUUUUAAUGUUUGCUUCUAUUCGUUGAGGAUCCAAAUAAAAGGCACCAAGACAAGACUCCUGGACCGUCCUCCCCCUCUAUUAGCAAACAGAGACAAUGUUGUGGGACAGCCUGUGCUGUCUGCUGGCCUUGCUGGUCUCAACGUCCGGGGGGCUUCCCUCGGCCAACGAGCCGCUAUCUGCCCCCAGGAUCUUCCUAUCUUUCAAAGAGUUAAAGUCGACCGGCACCGCUCACCACUUCUCCUUUUUGCUAAACUCCAGCGACUAUAGAAUUCUUCGCAUGGACGAAGACCACGACCGCAUGUAUGUGGGCAGCAAAGAUUAUAUCCUGUCUCUGGAUCUGCACGACAUCAACAAGGAGCCUCUCAUUAUCCACUGGCCUGUUGCCCCGCAGAGGAAGUCUGAAUGUGUCCUGUCUGGAAAAGACACCAAUGGCGAAUGCGGCAACUUCAUCCGUCUGAUUGAGCCGUGGAACCGCACUCACCUGUACGUUUGCGGGACGGGAGCGUAUAACCCCAUCUGCACGUAUGUGGACCGAGGACGCAGGUCACAGGGUUCCUUCUACCUUCAGGCCCCCAAAUCUGGAGGGAGAACCAAUCGGGCAGCAGACCCCAGCGCUACGUCAGAUCUUAUGGAGGCCAAGGAAUAUAUUUUCCGUCUCGAGCCAGGAAAGGUGGAUUCUGGGAAGGGAAAAUGCCCUUUUGACCCUAAGCUGAACAGUGUCUCUGCUUUGAUCAAUGGAGAGCUGUACGCUGGCGUCUACAUCGAUUUCAUGGGAACCGACUCGGCCAUCUUCCGAACGCUGGGGAAGCAGACGGCCAUGAGGACGGAUCAGUACAACUCCAGAUGGUUGAACGACCCCACAUUCGUGCACGCUCACCUCAUCCCAGACAGCGCUGAGAAGAACGAUGACAAACUGUACUUCUUCUUCCGAGAGAAAGCCUCAGAGAUGGGUCAAAGUCCCAUGACCCAGUCCAGGAUAGGACGCAUUUGCCUGAACGACGAUGGAGGUCACUGCUGUCUGGUCAACAAGUGGAGCACCUUUCUCAAAGCCCGUCUCAUCUGCUCCGUGGCUGCAGCUGACGGUGUCGAGACGCACUUUGAUGAGCUCAGGGACGUUUAUAUCCAGCCUACGCAAGACACCAAGAAUCCCGUCAUCUAUGGCGUGUUCUCCGUUUCAGGGUCUGUGUUUAAAGGCUCAGCCGUGUGCGUCUACGCCAUGGCUGACAUCCGCAUGGUCUUUAACGGGCCUUUUGCUCAUAAAGAAGGACCCAACUACCAGUGGGUGGCCUACACUGGCAAGAUCCCUUACCCUCGACCUGGCACAUGUCCUGGAGGAACGUUCACCCCCAACAUGAAGUCCACCAAGGACUACCCUGAUGAGGUGAUCAACUUCAUGAGGAACCACCCCACCAUGAACAACGCCGUGUACCCGGUGCACAAGCACCCCCUGGUGGUCAGAACUAACGUGGACUAUGAGUUCACCACAAUCGCCGUGGACCAGGUGACUGCCGCAGAUGGUAGCUACGAGGUCCUCUUCUUAGGCACAGACCGAGGGACGGUCCAGAAGGUGAUUGUGUUGCCUCGGGAUGACCUGCAGACCGAGGAACUGGUCUUAGAGGAAGUGGAGGUUUUCAAGGUUCCCACACCGAUCACCACAAUGAGGAUCUCAUCCAAACGUCAACAACUGUACGUGGCGUCCAUGUUGGGCGUGACCCACCUUGCGCUGCAUCGCUGUGAUGUAUAUGGCCAGGUUUGUGCUGACUGCUGCUUGGCCAGAGAUCCUUACUGCGCCUGGGAUGGAAAGUCCUGCUCCAGAUACUCGGCUUCACAGAAAAGGCGUAGUCGUCGGCAGGAUGUCAAAUAUGGAAACCCCAUCCGUCAGUGCAGAGGUUACAACUCCAAUGGUGAGCAUCUUUCUGGAGCCAAUAAGAAUACUGUGCAGACGGUUCAGUACGGCGUGGAAGGAAGUACAACGUUCUUGGAGUGUCAGGCCAGAUCUCCUCAUGUGUCUCUGAAGUGGCAUCUCCAGAAAGAAAACAGCGACCGCAGGAAAGAGAUUCGCUGCGAGGGUCGCAUGGUAAAGACGGACGAGGGCCUGCUGAUCCGCUCCUUGCAGAUGUCCGACAGCGCCACUUAUCAGUGCACGUCCACGGAGAAGAACUUCAAACACACGCUGGUCAAGCUGCAGUUGGUGGUUCUCUCCAGCCGCACCGUCAACAACGUCCCGGCGGACACAGGCAUCCCCGGCCUCGCCCCGCUGCAGUCCAGCGCCUGGACGCCGAGCGCUGGGCAGUACAAAGACCUGCUGACCAUCCUGAGCCAGCCUGAGAUGGGCCUCAUCAACCAGUACUGUCAGGACUACUGGCAGCAAGGAGACGCCGCGGACGGAAAGAGCAAAAGUUUGAAGGAGUUGAAGGAGCAGAAGAAGCCUCGUAACCGCCGGCAUCGUGACGAGGACGCACAGACAUGAGGGACUUGUGCAACGUCUCCACUAGAGGACAAUAUUUAUUGUAGCUUGUAAAAAACUUCUUUGUACCUCAUAGAUCAAGUUUUUGUCAAUAGUUUAAUCCGUGCAAAUAUUGAUAUUAAUAUUAAUGUUGACAAUAUUAUCUUCGCUGUUUCAAACUAAGACUGCUUGGAGCCUCCACGCAUGACAUGGAUCAUGGACCAGGACAAUGGAAUAGGACCAUGAAUCAUAAAAUCAUGGAUCAUUGACUGUGACCCAUGGACCUAGAUCAUGAACCAUUGAUUAUAUGCCAGGACUAUGGACAAAGACCUGGACCAUGGACGAAAGGAUCAUGUUGGAUGAUUGCACUCCAAGCUGGUAGAAUAAGAGACAUCUUUCACAUGUCAAAUCCUACCAGUAGUGUUUUUCUGUGUUAACACAUCUUCAUGUUGUGUUUAUUAUCAAGUGUGAUUAUUGUUUUUUUUACUGAAAAUUUUAGCUGUUUAGGAACACAAAGGCAGAUUCCAGCAGGCAGCUAAUAUUUGAAACCAUUUCAUGCAAAGCACUUUCUGUUGCCACAAUGCUCAUUUUUAUUCAUCUUUAACAGCUAACUGGCAUGUUAGUCUUCCUAAAAAAACUAUCUAAAUUCCAAUUGUUGGCCCAAUUCUGUCAUGUAACUUUAUGUUCAAUAUUAUUUUUGUUUGUGUGAGCUAACUCUUCUAAUACUAAAGCGCUGGACACAAAAUCUGUCAAAACAUGUUGACCGAGUUUUUUUUAUGACAAAGCACAAGGCGCGGUGAUGAAAUAAUGCAUAAUUCAGAUUUAUAAAACAUUCUAUUGUAACUUCAGAAUGUUUAGAUUGACAAGCAUGAAGUUUGGUACACAACUUUAUGUGACUGACAAGAACAUGUGUGUAAUUUGAGAGCAAUUGAUUGAAAAACAUGGCCAUCAUCAUACAAAAUGUCUUUGUAGGAACAUGGGCAAGAUUUCACAACAACAAUAACUGUCCAUAAGUUUUUGAUCAUUUGGUUAAUGAUAACAAUGCCCCAUUUUCUUACUUUCAUUUUCAGGAUUAAAAGCCAGGCAUCCCACUACUUUUUUCCAUGCAAUAUAUUCAUCAAAAUGAGAAUGCUGCAGUUCGGUAUAAAUUUUUCUUACACUUUUUACGUUGCAAUAUUCCUGACAUUUAAAAAUUUUGCUUUCGUCCCCAAAAAAUUUUUUGGGGGGAAACAGACUAUUAUCAUUUAAUUUAUGUUCCUGCAAAUACCAACCGCAAAAAGGUACUACCCACAAUCACAGGGGGGGGGAAAAUUGUGUUACCCUGUUAAGAAACACUAGUAACAACCACUAAUUACAAAACGUGAGUAACACACCCUAGUCAUGAACCACUAGUUAUGACUACAAGUAAUGACCACUAGUUACAACCAUUAGUUACAAAAUACGAGUAACUACCUUUAGUUGCAAUCACUAUUAACAUAAACUAUUUAUAACCACUAGGAACAGCCUCUAAUUACAACCGUAGUCACAAACCGUGGUUAUGGAUUACUAGUUAGUAAGACUAGUUCCAACUUAUAACCACUAGUAACAGCCUCUUGUUACAACCACCAGGCACAACCCUUGUUACGAAACUAGUUACAAACCCUAGUUAUAAAAUAUUAUUUACAAUCCUAGUAACAGCCUCAAGCUACAACCCUAGUUACAAAACACUUAGUUACAACCCCUAAGUUCCAAAGCACUAGCAAACAACCACUAAUUGUGACUACAUGUUACACCACAACAACACUGGUCAGCUGAGCACCUAUACACAGGUCUUGCCAGUGGGGUCUCUUCAUGGCACAUUAUGUAUGUAAAGUGUAUAUACCAUGCAUGUAGUGUAUGUACAGUGCAUAUACAGUGUAUAUACAGUGUAUGUAUACAGUAUGUAUGUACAGUAUGUAUAUGGUAUUUGUCUACAAGAGACUGUGUUCCUGUGGAUGUCAGUGAAUGUUUUCUCAUUGUGGGAAUAUAAAACUCAAAAAAGUGGGGAAAAAAGAAAUAUGGACUAAGUAAGGUUUUUGGGUUUCUUUUAACGAGCGAGGUGUUGUCCAGAUUGUACUUUAAAAAUAUUUCAUUUGACGUUCUACGUAUUGUUUUGUCAGAUUUACGUGUGUAUCGUCAAAGUUAUGAACGAUAAUGAUGACACGGGCUGCUGACUAAUAAAUGAAAGUUUAUAUUUUAUAAGAACAA